AAAGUGUGAACAUUGCUCUGCCUCAUUUCCUCCCAAUACCCAAUUACUGUGUCCACGCUACAAUGAUGGGCUUAAGGGACCAGACAACCCAAAUACGGUAACUUCAAGUUGUGUCUUGGGGGCCGAGCUUGGUGUAAAGAGUAGUCUACAACAAAGUGCGUUUCUAUCAGGUGAUUGGUUGGCGCCUAGCGUGAUUGCGCCUCGACGUAGGCACUGAUUGGUGGAGCGGGGUAAUGUGCGGCAGGGGCCUUGUUGGUUUGAAGCUUCAAGGACAUGCGCGGUUCGACUUUUCCCUGAGUUAAUAUGGCGGGUUAGCCGCUGAGACAACCGGGAGGAAAAAGAAGCGAGGCUUUGCCGGUGAUCUCCUCAGCGAUGGCACUUCGGCCGGGGCUCUGGAAGUUGGUGUUGGUUCGCAGGAAUCCGGAGCGCGGGUUUGCAGCCCUCUGCACCACGCCGGCGGCGGAGCCCCACGCUGAGCCCCUGGGAAAUGAAGCCGUCGCGCCCGAGUUCACCAACAGGAACCCCCGGAACCUGGAGCUCUUGGCUGUGGCCAGGAAGGAGCGGGGCUGGGGGACAGUGUGGCCCUCGCGUGAGUUCUGGCACAGACUACGAGUUAUAAAGACUCAGCAUCAUGUAGAAGCGAUUGUAGAGCAUCGAAAUGGCAAGGUCGUGGUUUCAGCAUCCACUCGUGAAUGGGCUAUUAAAAAGCAUCUUUACAGAACCAGAAACGUGGUAGCUUGUGAGAGCAUAGGACGAGUGCUGGCAGAGCGGUGCUUAGAGGCAGGAAUCAACUUCAUGGUCUACCAGCCAACCCCUUGGGAGGCAGCUUCAGACUCGAUGAAACGCUUACAAAGUGCCAUGACAGAAGGUGGUGUAGUGCUUCAGGAACCUCGGAGGAUCUAUGAGUGAAAUAGAAGCAUAGAAGUUUUGAACACAUAAAUAUAAAACUAUCAGCUUCUACAGCUGUCUAAGAAAGCAUCUGGAAGAAAAACGAGCUUGGAAGUUUUGCAACAACGGAGUUCAGUGGAAGAUUAUUUGUAGUUAUGGUCAUCCCCCUCCCCUUUUGUGUGUGGUGGUUUUUUUUGUUUUAAUCAAGGGCUAAAUACUCUCUCCUCUUGGAGGUGAGAAGUACAAAGCAGACACCAGUUAACUUUUGAAGGACAAAUUAAAAAUUGCUUGUAAGUUACCAAAUAAAGGCAUAUGAGAACUAUU